UGGCUUCGGCGGCUCCCCCGGGUGUUUAGGACUCGGCUGGGCCAACGUCUUCGGCCAGAUCGCUCGGACGUGGCAGAUGCUGUGCUUCCUGUUCCUUUGUGAGUGUCUCCUGCUGGUGACUGCUCAUGCUCACGAUGAUGACUGGAUUGACCCCACAGACAUGCUCAACUAUGAUGCUGCUUCUGGAACCAUGAGAAAGUCUCAAGUGAAGUAUGGGAUGCCAGAGAGAAAGGAGUUGAACCCUGAUUUACCUUAUGCUGAUGAGUUGUCAGAAUGUUACAAGAGCCUGGAUUCUUUAACUUACAAGAUUGAGGAGUGUGAAAAGAAAAAGAGGAAGGACUAUGAAAGCCAAAGUAAUCCUGUGUUUAGGAGAUACCUAAAUAAGAUUUUAAUUGAGGCCAGAAAGCUUGGACUUUCUGAUGAUGAGAAAAAUGAUAUGCAUUAUGAUGCGGAGAUUAUCCUUACAAGACAAACAUUGUUAGAAAUACGGAAGUUUCUCAAUGGAGAAGAAUGGCAGCCCGGAGCUCUGGAUGAUGCGCUAAGUGAUAUUUUAAUUAAUUUUAAGUUUCAUGAUUUUGAAAAAUGGAAGUGGCGAUUUGAAGAUACUUUUGGAGUGGAUCCAUAUGAUUUGUUUAUGGUGCUGCUGUGCCUGUUGUGCAUCGUGGUCUUAGUAGCUACUGAGCUGUGGACCUACAUUCAUUGGUACACCCAGUUGAAACGUGUCUUCUUCAUCAGUUUCCUCUUCAGUGUGGUGUGGAACUGGAUAUAUUUAUAUAAGCUCGCCUUUGCACAGCAUCAGGCGGAAGUUGCCAAGAUGGAGCCACUAAACAACGUAUGUGCCGAGAAGAUGGGCUGGGCUGGCAGCCUCUGGGAAUGGUUCAGAAUAUCAUGGACCUAUAAGGAUGACCCAUGCCAGAAGUACUAUGAGCUCCUGGUUGUCAACCCUGUCUGGUUGGUCUCACCAACAAAGGCAUUCGCGGUUACCCUCACCACCUUUGUCAUGGACCCACUGAAGUACGUCGGCAAAGGCUUGGGGGAGUUCAUCACGGCGUUCAUGAAGGAGAUCCCGGGCAUUCUGCACAUCCCCGUGCUGAUAAUCUUGGGGCUGUCAGCACUGGGCUUCUGGUAUGCUGUUGGGACGUCUGUCGUCCCUAUGCUGAGACUCAUGCGAGGCCCCGGGAGUGAGCCGCCUCCAGCCCUGGAGUCUGGUCGGGGCCGAGACCGCCGCUUGGAGGAGCUCGACUAUAGGAGCCCGGGGGGAGCAGGUGAUGCAGCCCACAGGGGCCACAUCGAGCCCCGGGAGCGAGGCCCCUAUGAAAUGACGCAUGAGGGUAGAAGAAAUGUUUUGAGAGAGAGAGAUGGUGACCUGAGAGUUCAGCCUGGCACCAGGAGCCCCGAAGUGCUGCGGCCCUUUGAUUUUCCAGACGCUGAGGCGAGAGAGCUUCCCCGGGUGGCGCCCAGCCAUAAUGCACCUGUUUCGGAUACCAAAGCCAAAGUGAGCGGUGGAUUCCCGGAAGAGCAUGUGACCAAGAAUACCCAGCCGGCUAAGCCUGCGUCCGGCCCAGAGCCUGCUGAGAUUGAGCUGCCUGCUACAGCCCCUGUGCUGGGCAAGGCCCCGCCCCCCGUGCCCCCCAUGCCAGGCAAGGCCCAGCUCAGGACUGAUGCUUGCGGCAGCCCAGAGGAACACGGCGCAGUUGCACAAGCAUGUGGACAGCAGUUGGACAGCAGCCCCAGUGGCUAGAGGCUCAGGCACGGACCCAGGCGAGGGCGUUGUUGGGUUUUGUGAUGUGCAUACCCUCAUAGCUCCAUGCCGUGAGCAUCUUCAUACCAACUACCAACUACCCAGGGGCCAACUUACACUUUAUUUUACCGACAGAGUGAGAAACACAUGGAUGUCACAUAUGUAUACAGUUUCUUUGAUACUAACAUACAGCCCCAUAAUUUUUUAAGUGUUAAUUUUGGAACAGGAUGGCAAGCAUCACUGAUUUUGAAUAAUUAAGGUCAAUCUGAAUUAACACAUUGUUUAAUGUGUUUGUUAAUCUGUAUAUACACGUGAACCACCGUAGCUGGUAUGUGCCAUGCCUGUUUCAGUGUAUUAAUGGACACUGAAAAAGUUUUAUGGGCACAUACAAAGGAACUAAUGCCAGAAUAUAUUUUUACCUAAUGGAGUACUGCAGUCCAGAAUGUCAGCUUUGCAUUGAAUUCCAAGUGUUUCCCAGAGUGUUCUCAAAAACGAUGUCUUGUUUUGAGCCACACUUAGCAGUGCUCAGGGGCUCUUCCUGGCUCUGUGCUCAGGAGUGAGCCCCAGAGUGCUGGGGCUAGGGGUACUGUAUAUGGUGCCCGGGUUUGAACUGGGCUUGGCAGGAUGCUAGGCAAGUGCCUUAACUGCUGUACUAUUUGGCCCUGAUAAAGAAUUUCUCAGGCAAGCCCUUAAUACCUUUAAGCGGAGACUCUUGAUAUCUUUCUUUGGAGGGUCCCCAAGGCUGCCGCAGAGCAGUGGGCAUCCUGCUUCUCUUAGCUGGCAAUGAAGACUGUCAGGGGAAACCCAUACUCUUAGGGUUAUGUAGUCUUAGAGAAUGGCUUUGUUCUUGUCCACCAAAGGGUUUGUGAGACCUGUUUUCUCAUUAUCAGCAGUUGAGACUUAGUUGUUAGUGGACUGUUUCUUAUUCGUAACAAACCAUAUUGUAUCAUAAGAUCUGAUUUUUAGAGACCUAUAGGUAGUUAAAAUCAUGAUAGGAACAGGUUUUUUUUUUUUUUAAAGGCAGAUGAUAUAAUCAACAUUUUCGUUUGUUUUUUAAGGCAGUUUUGGGCCAGAGAGGUGGCUCACUGGGCUGAGUUCACACAGGAGGCCUGGGUUGGCACCAUGGGAUUCCCCGGUACUCCCCCCUGCCCCCAAAGUCGUGGCCCCCAAGCCUCUCAAAAGAACCACUUCAAAUUCUGCUCCUGUGCUUAGUCAGGACGCAAAUUUCACAUUAUUUAAAAUUUCAUUUUAGUCUUCAGAAGGUGUUUAGCCACUAAAAAGAAUAAUCAGAAAUAAUUUUCAAGUGGGCAUUCAUUUUAGAAAAUAUAUUCAAAGCAUUUGCUUUUUGAUAAUUUUUACAUUAAAGGCAGAGUGGCCCCUUUCAGCCCCCAAAGCAUCACUGUUUUAUGUUAAACUUUCCUGUUUAAUGUUGUAAAGAUCUGUGCUAAUCCACCAGGGUGAAUAAUCCAAGGAACCCCUAGGUUCCCUCUGAGCUGUGAGGGAUGUGACCGGGAGAGAGAUGCCUCAAGGGACAGGCUGGCGGCUAGAGUGACGAUCAGGCGUCUGCGCUCCUGCCCCAUACAAAACCCGAUCUUCCAGAAAGGAAGGAAGGAAGCGAAUUUCUUCUUUGUAUUCUUUCAUUUCAGAUGACCGUUUGGGGAUGGAAACCACCUUGAUAGCAGGCGACAUUCUGCUGCUGUUUAAGGACGGCCGCUGUAAAAUCUUUACAGGCCGCGAUCAGGGAGAAUUUGUUAAAGCAAACGGAAUAUACAAAAGCCAGUGUGUAAGCUGGAGACACAGGCUUGCCUACUGUCUAGCCAGUAUUUGUUAAAAUCUAGGAUUGUGGCUUUCAAGAAAAAUCAGAACGGGAAGAGAACGCAUUUUCAAGCAAUCUUUAAAUGGGAUAAUGUUUACAGGGUUAAAAAAAUGCCAUAAACACAAAUAAACUUAUUUUUUAUAUUGUGGUUUGAUAUGCUGUUAAUGCUUAUUGAAUAUUCUGGUAAGAAAAAGCUCUAGGAAAUGUUGGGGCUGGAGUGAUAGCACAGUGGGUAGGGCGUUUGCCUUGCACGCAGCUGACCCGGGCUCGAUUCCCAGCAUCCCA